AUGAAGAGAGGCCUUGGGGCUUUGUACGGUGCUGGCUGUCACUGUGGCAGCCCUCACACUGAAGUCCAAAGCAGAGUUGUGAGCAUACUUUCCUAUCCUACUUCCCAGGUACUAGAACCUUACUUCACUGUCUGCCCAAGGUUGGAUAAAGAAGGUUCCGAACCUGGGAAAGGUCUGUGGGGUCCUCUCCAGUUCUUGGUUCCACUGUUUCAGGCAGAAGUAAACUGUGGAGCUUGUACAAUUGUGUGGGCUCAGGCGGGCCAAGUAUGGCGUUCCCUGCCUCGAGGAUGGAUGCUGUGGGACCCGCCGGAAGGGACCGUGAGGGUCGUGCGGCGCCAGCAAGAGGCAGUGUGGCGGGCUUCAGGGCUCGCAGGCUUCAGCACUGCCAUGCUGCCACCCCCGGGGCCAUCGGGUCCCGAGCCGCCCAAGGGCCUGAAGGACCCAGCACACCCCUCCCAGCAUGGGCCUGUUUCCUGGAAGUCUCUAGCAGUCACGUUUGGAGGAGCUUUGCUGGCUGGGAUAAAGUACUUCAAGAAAGAAAAGACGGAGAAGCUGGAGAAGGAACGACAGCAAAGCAUCGGAAAGCCUCUUCUUGGGGGACCAUUUUCCCUCGUAACUCACACUGGGGAGCCUAAAACUGAUAAAGACUUCCUGGGCCAGUGGGUGUUGAUUUAUUUUGGUUUCACUUAUUGCCCUGACAUCUGUCCAGAAGAACUAGAAAAAAUGAUGCAAGUCGUGGAUGAGAUAGAUGAUAUUCCCAGUCUGCCAACUUUACUCUUCAUUACCAUUGACCCAGAGAGGGACACAAAAGAAGCCAUUGCAAAUUAUGUAAAAGAAUUUUCUCCCAAACUGAUCGGCUUGACAGGCACCAAAGAAGAGAUCGAUCAGGUCGCCAGAGCCUACAGAAUGUAUUACAGCCCAGGCCCCAGAGACGAGUAUGAGGUCUACAUUGUGGAUCACACAAUAAUAAUGUACUUGGUUGUACCAGAUGGUGAGUUUCUAGAUUAUUUUGGCCAGAACAAGAAGAACUCAGAGAUCGCCGGCUCGAUUGCUGCACACAUGCGGGCACACAGGAAGAAGAGCUAG